AUGACUAGUGAGAAGUAUGCAAAUAAAACUACAGGAUUGGGUUCGAGUAGAACGGAUCAAUAGAGACUCCACACGGCGAAGUUGAAAUCAUUGGAAUCCCUAAUUUCUGAUAAAAGCAAUAAAUAAGUUUUGUAACCAUUGGGCAGAAAAGAUCAAAUAAAAAUGUUAUAGGACUAUUUAUAGGAGAAAAUAAAUGAAUAUUCAGAUGUUGAGAAAAAAAUUGAUCUUUACAAAAAGGAAGGUGACCAGAUGAAUGAUUAUGUUGAAGAUCUGAUCAAAGAGUAUUGCUUGUAACUAGUACGACAAGGUAAGAAGGAGAAUAUAACUGAGGAUUAAAUAAAAGAAUUGCAAGAUAAGAAAUAACAAUUGAAAUAGGAAACUAUACAGUUACAUAAUUUGAAUAAGGUAUAAUAUUUUGAAUUGGAAGUUUAAUAAGGAUUGAGUUUAAAGUUGAAUGCUUAAAAGUAAUAAUACAAGAAAAAAAUAUAACUUUUUGAUGAAUACUAUAAAAAGACUGAGUAAAAGAUCAGGUAAAAAUAGCCAAAUCUUGAUUUUAAUGAGAUGCCAAAAGCUUAAAGAAACAAGUAAAAGCCCAAUGCUGUGGCCAUAAUUUAAAAGACUCCAGAUGAAAUUUUACAGGAGAAAACACUGUUAAUUGAUGAAUAUACGAAAAAGAUAGAAUAGUUGACAUUCCAAAUAUAAGAAAUCACAAGGACUUGUAUUUUAGAGAAAUAAGAAUUGAUAAAAAAGAUCUAGGAUACCAAAGAAGAGUAAUUAAAAUUGAGUGACAAAAUCUUAAACUUAAGAUUGAGAUUGAACAAAUUUGAUAAAUUAGAGCAAUCAUUAUCCAGUGAUAAAUGCAUUUCUGAUAUCAAGUCUAACGACACAGAACAUUCAUAAUAGCAAUAAUAAGAAUUGAUAAUAUGA